AUGAUCCUCCCUACGCGUAAAAUUGGCGAGCACGUCGUCUCUGCCAUCGGCUACGGCGCGAUGGGCAUAGCUGCGUUCUAUGGCAAGCCCUUGCCCGAUGAGGAGCGUUUCAAGGUCCGUGUAGAAUUGCUUGCACCAGUGCUCGAUGCGGUGUAUGAGAACGGAUGCACGAUGUGGGACACUGCAGAUGCAUACGCGGACAGCGAAGAGCUUAUCGGGAAAUGGUUCAAGCGUACCGGAAAGCGUAACGAGAUCUUUCUUGCUACCAAGUUUGGCGUUAGAUCUGGCGUCCCGAACAGGACCGUGAACGGUGACCCCGACUAUGUCCACAAGGCAUUCCAGAAAUCGAUCAGUCGUCUGGGCGUGGACUCGGUCGAGCUCUACUAUUUGCACAGGGCAGAUCCGACAGUGCCCAUUGAGUUGACAGUCGGAGCGAUGGCCGAGCUUGUCAAAGCAGGCAAAGUGAAAUAUCUCGGCCUGUCCGAGUGCUCCGCAGAGACCCUCCGCCGCGCACAUGCCGUGCACCCUAUUACUGCGCUCCAGGUCGAAUACUCGCCCUUCACGCUCGACAUCGAGGACGAGAAGAUCGGCCUGCUGAAAACUGCCAGAGAACUCGGCGUCACGAUCAUCGCAUACUCGCCCCUCGGGCGCGGCUUGCUGACCGGACAAUAUAAAUCGCCUGAUGACUUCGACGAGGAUGACUUCAGACGCACGGUGCCGCGAUACUCGAAGGAGAACUUCCCGAACAUCUUGAAGCUCGCCGAUGGGCUUGAACAAAUUGGAGCGCGGCACGGUGCGACAGCAGGACAAAUCGCGCUCGCAUGGCUUCUCGCACAAGGGCCGGACGUCAUACCUAUCCCUGGCACGACCAAGAUCGAGCGCCUGAAAGAAAAUCUGGGCGCAGCAAACAUAAAGCUGACGCGAGAGGAAGUCGAGGAGGUGCGCAAUGUGGCGAACAACGCACAUUGCGUGAGCGGCGCUCGGUACCCGCCCCAGCUUGCUGCCGUUCUGUUCGCGGACACGCCUCCCCUCGUGAAGUAGGCGUCUCGGCGGAUGAGCACUGCCUGAGAGCAUGCUAUCUUGAAACUCUGCGAAUGUUCGGUAUAAUAUGUUUCGCUUGAAUGAGCCGUCCCAAAUGACAACGUGAACCCUCAUUGCGAUCACAACGCCCUGCGACUCGCGCGCAGGCGGAAGGUGGAAUCUACGAACCAUAGUCCAAAGUGCGUAACAAGCAAAGUCCUAAAGAGUGAUGUACAUGGAAGGCGUUGCCAAGGAGGAAAGUUGGAUGAACGAGCCCUGCCACAUCAUCAUCGCGAACACCAGGACGGUGUCGUACGGUGACUGAAAUCUCUGUUUUCAUCGUAAUCGUUCAGCCACAUCAAACAGAGUCUGCCCCGUGCCGCCUGCACCCUGACCAAGCGUUGCAAGAGCGCUCCG